AUGGCAGAGAUAGAUGUGCCAUAUCUAGCAGAGACAGAUGUGCCCCAUAAUUCUGAGAUGGAAGAGGUGCCCCGUCCUUCUGAGGCAGAGGCACCAACUACUAUAGAGGUUACUCUGGAGAUAGUUAUUGAUUCGCCUACUCCGCAUACGACUACUGGGGUACCAACUACUGGUGAUAUGGAGGUUACUCCUCCUGUUGAGACAAAUGUCAUUGAUCUUCUUGUUGAGACAUAUGUUAUUGCUCUUCCCUUUGAGACAUAUGUCAUUGCUCAUGCUUUGACAAAUCCGUCUAUACACACAGAUGAAGGGUUUCCUGGUGGGCCCAAUGACUAUUCAGUUCUAACAUGA